ACAGCUGUUUGUCAAACUGACAGCAAACAUAAAAAACAUCUAGUUUUUCGGGCUGCCACAAAAAAACCGACAGACAGAAAAUAAACUAAAAAUUUUCUGAACUUUUCAACAGUUUUCUUUCUUUUAUAAAGAAUAAAAUAUAAUAAGAAAAAAUGCCCGAAGCUCGCAGUCCUAUGGCAGCUUUUGCGGAAAGUUUGCAUAAUAUGGUUGACGGGCCAGUAACAUGGUUUAGAGAAUCCAUUGUUGAGCCCAACCAAAAGAAAUACGCCUGGUACCAUCAACAGUUCCGUCGUGUACCCACCAUUGACCAAUGCUACACAGAUGAUGUGAUCUGCCGUUUCGAAGCCGAUCAACAAUUCCGUCGUGAUCGCAUGGUUGACAAUGAAAUUGUUACCAUUUUACGUCAACGUUUUGAGGAUUGUACCAUGUAUGAGGCUCCCGAUCAUGCUGUGAAAUGCAAACCAAUUUUGGAACAGUAUGAAAAGGCUGCCGAAAAUUGGUUCAUCAAGUAUGGUGAUUUGGGUGGUUACACCAAUGCCAAGGCUGCCUACAUGAAACAAAAGCAUCGUCUUAUUUGGGAACGUCGUCAUGGUCCCGUUGGUAGUAAUAACAAAAAUGCCUCCGCAGCCGCCGCUGAUGAAGAAUGAGUAUUGUAUAGUGUGUGUUAUACGUUUGGUGAGCUCGGGUACUGCUGCCAAAUUUUAGUUAAAUUUUUAUUUCUGUUAAUAACUCUCUUUCCAUCAGCUUCGAUAACAACCAGA